AUGACCACCGCACAUCGUCCUACAUUCGACCCUGCCCGCGGCAAGGACUCCCUCCGCGGUCCCGGCUACCAUCAACGCCUACUCCCAGCACACAAAACUCUCAAGUUCCGUCAAGCAACCCAAGGCACCACAGACGAACACGCCACUCGUGACUUACGCGCUGAGCUUCUACGCGCCGAACGCCGUCACUUUGCGAAGAAAGAAGGCCGCGAACUGUCACCUGAGGAAGAAGAAGUUCAACUCGCUAUCGAAGAAGGCUCGGUCGGCAACGAAAGCACAGCAAAAGGUGUGAAGCGUAAUUUGGAAGUCGAGAUUGGCUCAGAACAAGAUGGAGAGCAAGAUGAGGAAGACUAUGAAGCAAAACGGCGGAGAGUCUUGGAGGAGUCUCGCGAUGUUGAUGCAGACUCGGAUGAUGGUUCAGAAGAAGACUCGGAUUCCUCAGACGACGAGGAUGAUGACGACGAAGAGGCAGAAUUGAUGCGCGAAUUGGCAAAGAUCAAGGCCGAGCGGGCAGAAGCUGCUGCAAAGGAGGCCGCUGAACAGGCCGCCAAGGAGGAAGAACAACACAUGCGAGACGUUGCGACUGGUAACCCACUCCUCCAACCGAAGGGAUACGAGGUGAAACGCAGGUGGGACGAUGAUGUGGUCUUCAAGAACCAGGCCAGAGGAACAGAGGAGAAGAAGGGCAAGGAGUUCGUCAACGACUUGUUGCGAAGCGACUUCCACAGACGUUUCAUGAGCAAGUACGUCCGUUAA